CUUCAUGUAUUUAAGAAUAUAAGUCACACUUAGUAAAAUUCAAUAUGGUGGCCAAAGGAGUCUCUUGUUGAACAAUGGUUUGUUUUGACUAAAAUAUAAACUAAUCCGGAAAGAAUAAAGUAUUAAAAGAUGGGGAAAUUAAACGUUGCGAUCCUACGAUAUUUAUCGUCUGAAGAUUUUAGAGUGUUGACUGCUGUAAGUGUAUGUUAAUAAAUAUACGUAUUAAUAUGUCAUGUUUGGUGACUUUGGUGAAGUAUUGAAAUUUAUUACGAAGUGACCAGCUGGCAGCCGGCUAUUUAAAAAAACUGCCGGCUAUAUAGUGACUAUAGUUAAAAUAUACUAAACCUUACCCUAUAAACGGAUAAACCAGUAAAAUGUCUAAUAAACAAUUUAAGAGUUAAAACUUAAAACAAGUCGGGAAGUUUUAUAGGAAGUGGACAGUGGUUUAUAUUUGUCCAGUUAUGGGAACCAACAAGCUUUGGCUAUUUGUCUGGCACAACUAUUUUCUUCGUUCUGUCAGCAUGCUAAAAUAACAUCAACUAAAUGCCUAAAUAUCAUUAAUUUUCAAGAAAAUCCUUGGUAGCCGAGUGGUUAUAACUCGCCAUAUAUCAAAUAUGUGAGCUCUGUGGAUCGACCUGCAAGCAGGUGGCCUGAUCAGUUAGCGUUUAGAGGUUAAUAGGGAAGGGGUUAGGUGCGGGUAAGGUUUUGGUUUCAUUGUGUGAAACAACUGCUGGCCAUUUAAACGAACCAAUCAAAUUAACUCACAGACAAAUAGCCAACGAUAAUUGGUUUCUGUGACAGGACAAAUAACCACAUUGUUUACAAAAUAGCUGGCAGCCAGCUAUAUCUGUGGUCACUUAGAAUUUAUAAAUAUCAAUUUAAUAUUAUUAAUACAAUAAACUUAAAACUGUGUGUUUAAUUGAGUGUAGAAAUGUUUGCAAAAUAAUUGAAUGCUCCUUUUGGAGUUACAGUCCUGAAUAUAAAACACGUUAUUAGGAUAUUUGCUAUGUUGGUGUAGUGUACUCAGGUGAAUAAGAUGCUUGUGAUGUUACUCUGAGUGUAUAUCCACACCGGUUAGGUUGAGAUGGGUAUGAAGAACCAUGAAGUUGUUCCAACACCAUUGUUGGCCUCCAUUGCAAACUUAAAACAUGGCGGAUGUCACAAAAUCACCCGAGAGCUGGUCAAACAUAAACUGCUGGCUUACGAGAAGGGAAAAGCCUGUGAGUAGUGUGUGCUCACUUUGAGAACAUAAUCUUUUUCUAGUUUGUAUAUUAUCAAUUACCGUACUAUCAAUUGCUCCCUAAUGCAACUUACUUUAUUAUUUCACUUGGUCUACUUGUCAAGGGGAAAGUGGCAGACUGUGCUGGCAUUCAAUGGGUUAAUACAAGUGAAAAUGUGUCUUAUACAUGUUAUUGAAAUGGUUAUAGAUGAAGGUUACAAACUGACAUUUGGUGGCUACGACUAUCUAGCAUUAAAAGCACUUACAAAUAGAAACAUAAUUCAUUCAGUGGGAAACCAAAUUGGAGUAGGCAAAGAGUCUGGUAUGUUUUGUACAUGUGUUCACCAUUGGGUCAUUCCAGAAAACAUCCAUAUCUCCCCCACAGAGGAAAUUGGAAUGUCCUAAUACACUUGCUAUUAGCACUUGCUAUUAUCAGAAACAAAUUUUUCUCCCAGAAAUUCCCUCCUUGGGGCGAGUGUGGAUCUUUUCUGGAACAACCCAUUAUACAGAUUAUCUCACUGUUGAAACACAUAUUUGAUAAUUUCCUUAAUGUAACCUUGCAAACUAUUUUCUACUGUAUACUAGAUAUUUAUAUUGUUGCCAAUGAAGAUGGGAAACAAUUUGCGUUAAAGUUGCAUCGGUAAGAACAAUACUGUACUGGAUAGAGUUGUUGCAUAUAGAAAAGUUAGUUUAGGUUGCAUAACUUGCAUUGUGUAGUAACAUUGGAUCAAUAAGAGAUGGCUCUUACUGGAUCUCUAGGAAGAACAGUUUAGAACUGAUGGACCUAUGUGACUUAGUUAGUGUAGUUCUAUAGUUAUCAAGUAGCUUUGAAUAUUUUAUACAAUGUGUCUUUAUGUUUUACAGCCUAGGUAGGACAUCUUUCCGAAAGCUGAAAGAAAAGCGUGAUUAUUUAAAACAUCGAAAGAAUUAUUCCUGGCUAUAUCUAUCCAGACUGGCCGCUAUAAAAGAGUUUGCUUAUAUGAAGGUGAUUCAGCUCAUUUGUUCAGCUCUAAUAACUGGACAACAUUAGUUUUGUAAAAACCAAAAUUAUUAUGUAUGUAUUUGAAUUUCAGGCUCUUCAUGACAUUGGCUAUCCUGUACCAAAACCUGCAGAUUUCAACCGUCAUUGUGUUGUGAUGGAGCUAGUCAAUGGCACUCCAUUGUAAGAAUUGCAUUCCUGUAUAGUUGAACCUCUCUUUCCAUACACCUCUCUAAUAGACACACCCCUCUAAUGGCCACACCUCUUUAAUAGACACACCUCUUUAAUAGACAUACUGUACCUCUCUAACAGACACACCUCUCUAAUGGACACACAUCUCUAAUAGACACACCUCUCUAAUAGACACACCUUUCUAAUGGCCACACCUCUCUAAUAGACACACUUCUCUAAUGGACACACCUCUCUAAUAGACACACCUCUCUAAUAGACACACCCCUCUAAUAGACACACCCCUCUAAUACACCCCCCCUCUAAUAGACACACCUCUCUAAUAGACACACCUCUCUAAUAGACACACCUCUCUAAUGGACACACCUCUCUAAUAGACACACCUCUUUAAUAGACCAAAUUUUCUAAUGACCAAACUUUCUAAUAGGCCCACCCAUGUGACAAACGCACCUCUCUGAUGACCGAAUUGUCUAACAAACACAUCCUCUAAUUUCAAUACCUCUUUAAGAUGGACACCUCUCUAUGGAUAGUUUCUUAUGUCCAAAAUUCCAACAUAUUGUCUUUCAAAGUCAUAAAACUCUAAGACGGACAAAUUGUCAUAACCCAGCCAUUGUCUUAAUAUUCUCAAUUCGUAUUUUACUUUGUUAGAUGUCAGGUGCAAAGCCUAGAUGAGCCUGGUUCUAUUUACAAUGAAUUAAUGGAGCUUAUAGUUCAACUAGGAAGCUACGGUCUUAUUCAUUGUGAUUUUAACGAAUUCAAUAUUAUGAUCAGCGAUACUCGAAAAAUUACCAUCAUUGAUUUUCCGCAAAUGGUCUCAAUUUCACAUAUCAAUGCUCAAUGGUAUGAGCAUAUUUUCAUAUAUUACCUAAUGAUUAAAGACACAGUUCAGCCUUUUGAAUGAUGGUUUUUAAGGCGCAUUUCAGCCCUCUUAAUUGAAAAAAACUAACUAGGAAGAUCAAUGAAGCAUACUCCAAGAUCAGCAAACUUAAUGUUUUUAACAUUUUAAAACUUUUUUAUUGUUAAAAACAUUGAGUUCACUGAUCUUGAAUUACGUACAAUUGAUUUUCCUAGUUAGUUUUUUCAAUUAAAAGGGCUGAAAUGCGCCUUAAAAACCAUCAUUCAAAGAAGCCAUUGCUUUUUGUUUCCAGGUAUUUUGAUCGUGACGUACAAUGUAUAACGACAUUUUUUCGCAGACGAUUUGACUACGAAAGUGAACUCUAUCCAAAGUUUAGCGAUGUUAAGUACGUUUAUCAUUGAAGUGUUUCCUGGUUUCACGCAAAUACUGUAGUGCAUAUUACAUAUUUGUAUUCUUGCCGUUUCUAGACGGUUACACAACUUAGAUGUGGAUAUCGCAGUCAGUGGAUUUAGCAAGGGACAGAAGGAUGAACUGCACGAGGUAACGUCUUUUAAAGCUGCGAGAUUUUCCUAAAGAAUGUGAUGUUAUACAGAACUCGCUGCAUUUAAUAGUAAAGCAUGGUUAGAUCAUGCAAAACAGUACAUGUUCUUGAACGUGGGCUAUCCUGAGGGGAUCUGAUGUUGUACAGAACUCACAGCGAUCUUGUUUCUCAUUUUUUUUAAUUUCACUAGUCCGUGGAUCAGUUUGAAAGUCUUUGUGAGAUUGAGGAGAACGAAGUCGAAAACAAUAACGACGAAAUAUCAUCAGAUGAAGACAAUGUAGAGCAUUCAAGCGACAAUGAAGAACAUACAGACACCUCCACUGGAAAUUACAUGGAUGAGAAUCUGGACCAACUUGCAACAAAAGGUAGAUGAGCUUUGAAGGUAGAAAUUAUCAUACAAGCAGUCAGAGCAAUGAUUGAUUGGAUAGCAAGGAGAACAGUGGGGUUUUCAAAACAAUGAAAAGACAAUAGAAAAUUCUGAUCACUGGAUCAUGACUGCCUGGCACUAUUGUUGUGCUAAGUGUUAUGCAAAAGGUCAUUAUUACAUAUUUCGUUUCCAGGUGAGAAUUCGGACACAGCAAGCGAAGAAUCAGAUUUAGAAGACCUGAGCCAACAGAAUCAGACGUACCAACCUUACAGAGACGAGAACCCAGACCCCCAGACCUCGGAGGAGAAACAUCACCACCAGGAAACUGGGGCCAACACUAUGGAACCGGAAGUAAUAAGAAAGAAAGUGAAGCAGUCAUUGGCUAAGAAACAACAGAAGGCACGAAGGACGAAACGUGGUGAGGCGGGUGUAGUGACCCGCAAGCGAAGAGAGAAUCGCAGUGCUAUUAAACAAAGUAAUGAUGGUAUUUGGUAAUAUGGAAAAAAUAUUUUAAGCGCAAAAAAUAUCCAUUUUCAAACAUGUAAAUUUGUGUAGAUUAGCCAUCAAACACUGGUAAAUGAGGUGUUAUAGUAAGCGAAUUUCGGAAGCAUGUCCGUUUGUCAUUCAAGUCACUCCCAGGUCAUUUAAAUCCUUGGCUACCUUUAGUUCAUUCUAAUCAGCGAAUGCAUGUUAAUGUCCGUUUCCUCACAAAUAUAAUUUAAAUGCUUGGUUAUCUUUGUUCCAUUCUAUGUUUACAUUAUCAGAACAGAGGUGACUAGGCAUGCGAAUUGAAUUAGUCAAUUGUAAAGAAUGCAGAAACGUGCUGGUUUGUUUUUCGUAUUUCGCGACGGUAUGACGCAUUCGAGUAUCGCUGCUGCAUAAUACAAGGAAAGGAUUAUAUAAAUACCAAACAAAUUACUAAUGCUCAAUAAAAAACUUUACUUACCAUUUUCCAACACGAGAUGUAUUCUGCGUCUUCCAAUCUGCUCCGAACUAUUUCGCCUAAUGAAAAUGAACGUUUAAAAUACAAUUGAUACUUACUGUCUUAUCCAAAGAAGCCACCACCAAUGCCUUAGUCUCGAGAAAGGAUUAGAGAGCUUUAGAUACGACUUCCACUACCGCUACCACAAAGGGGCCAUUAACCAAUCAGAUGCGUUUAAUGUACCCGAUUAACCAAUCAGAUGUGUUUAAUGUACCCGAUUAACCAAUCAGAUGCGUUUAAUGUACCCGAUUAACCAAUCAGACGCGUACUAAGCCAGUGAGAGGUAGUGGUAGUGGAAGUCAAAUCUGAACCUCUCUAAUAUUUGCAGUUUGACUCUACCACUACCACUCUGCAGGUACUCCAUUUCCUGCUGUAAUAACAACACUGGACCGAUAAAGCCUGCGCUAUCAUUGUUUACAGCUGUUGAUGCAUACAUUUUUUGUGAAUUAUUUGGUUGAACUGCUAAAUAACCUGCCGACAUAGCGCAAGUAUAUGUAGGGAUUAUCCUCACCGAACCUUUAGGGAUAGCUAUUUAGGAUGAAUAAAGUUUGCAUCACCUUGGCUUUAGAGCCUCGUUUUCGUGUUUGAGACGUUGCACGAAAACGAGGCUCCAUAGCCAAAGUGACAUACUUUUACGUAUUACUGUCGAUGCAAUAGAAGUGUUGAUAAAAUAUUGCAUCAAUUCAUUUCCUCAAGUUGAUCAAUUCAUACGAAUUCAAAUUUCUUUUUACUUCCUGUACGUUUCCUAUUGGUCUAUCGGUUCUGUAACGAAAUCUAAUUGGCUCAUCUAGACUAACAGGAAGUUGAUCAAUUUUCCAUCAAAUGAAUUGAUCAACUUGAGGAACGGAAUUGGUGCAAUAUUUUAUCAACACUUCUAUUGCAUCGACAGUAAAUGAUAGUUUGACAAAAUAAUGUCUUGCCAUUAGCAUGUAUAUACAAGUUUGUAUAUUGUAUAAUUCUACAAUUGGAAGUAUUAAAAUGUACAUGAGAUAUAGUACAUCUACGUGUUUAUUUACACAGGAAUUAUUUAAGAACUAGAAGACUGGAGAAUUUAGAAUAAAUAGACGGUCCUCUUCGUUCUGCAAAGAAGCAAAAAGGUUGCCAUUAGAAAUUUGCUCUCUUUG